UCCCACUCAUUUAACUAUCACUUCACUGAAGCAGAGUUGGCAUACAGGAACGUUGUAUGCAAAAUGAAAAUAUUUAUCAUUGUUUUGCUUUUUCUUUUUUCAUUGGAUAAUACUUAUGGUAUAUCCGCAGCUGAUUUUUAUUCUUUCGGCUCCGAAAAUGGCGAUACGAGAGCUCCAACAAACGACGAUGGAUCAACAUCUCCAAUAUCAGUUAGCAGUCUGUUUCCAUUUUUCAAUCACCAGCAUGAUUCUCUUAUUGUUAAUACCAAUGGAGUAAUUUCCUUUCUUGGACCAAUGAGUACUUUUACACCGACUCCAUUCCCUUUAGGCAGUAACCGAAGAUUGGUAGCGCCAUAUUGGGAUGACAUAGAUACAAGAAAUGGAGGUAUCAUAUGGUAUCGGGAAACAACAAAUUCUACGUUAUUACAAAAAGCAUCUGAAGAAAUACAAAGGAUAUUUCCACAACAAUAUAAUUUUAAAGCAUCAUGGAUGUUUAUCGGUACAUGGAAAGAAGUAGCAUUUUAUAAUGCCGACUCUAUUGGUAAACAGAAGAAAAAUACAUUCCAAUGUGUAUUGAUCACAAACGGCAGACAUUCAUUCGCUAUGUUCCUAUAUGAUAGAAUUGAAUGGACAACAGGCGCGGCAAGUGGAGGAAGCAGUUCAACUGGGCUUGGAGGUACCCCGGCACAGGUAGGGUUUGAUGCAGGGGAUGGUAUCAACUUCUUUGCAGUAAAUGCUUCUAGAACAGCAGAUAUUAUUAACAUACCACAGAUGUCAAACGUAAAUAUCCCAGGAAAAUAUAUAUUCCGUGUCGAUUCAACGACAAUAGAACAAGGAGGAUGCAAUGUUAAUGGUACAUUGACAAUAACUCCUCGAGAAGCUUUAAUGUUUGGUGGAACGAGACUAAUUAUUUCUGGACCUUGCUUCAACAUGACCAAAAAUAUCAAAUUGUUCAUGUCAGAUUACAAUGUAGUUUCUUGUAAUUUGUUGACGGAUAUCAGUAUAUCUUGUAUUUCGCCUAUGGUUACCAAAAUUGGAAAAUAUAGAGUGUCAUUACAUGUACAGCUCUCUCAGACAGUAACCAAAUUUCCAGGAACGUUGACUAUAGUUAAUCCUGCUAUAGCAAAACAAGUUUUGAAAAGGGAACCUAAGCAAUGGAAGAACAAUGAUCAAGUUAGGGUCCAUUGGAAUCCAACAGUUUUAAAUUUCCCUAGCAACGAAGAGAUCAGUCUACAUCUAUAUACUAUUAUGAAAGAAAACCUAAUAUAUCCUGUAUUGGCUUAUCAUUCUAAGAUAUCUACAGUAAACUCGGCAGUGUUUGCCAAUGGGAGGUUUACGUUCAAUCUACAUUUUUCAAAAGACGUAGGAAUAAUCAAAUUGUCAACAAACAAUCCUAAAAGUCCAUACUAUUGGUCAGACAUGUUUACUGUUAAUGUUAACCGUCAACAUAGUAAUACAAGUUGUAAUGAAUGGUGGAGUAUGGAUUUAAACCAACAAACAAUUACCAGUAAAGACGUCAAUCCAUGUCCUUGUACUCUUGAAGUGGCUAACAUUGAUUCAGCAAGAUUUAGUGUCGAUCCACAGUGCUAUAAAAUAGAGGGAUCUGAAUUCGAAUUUGUUUGUCAGUUUCAACCAAAUGCUAAAGUUUGUUAUCGUCUGAAUAUACCAUCGUCAUCUGGAUAUGACCAUCAGUGUUGCUAUGAUAAGUCCGGUGUAUUGAUGAAUCCGAAUGGAGAUUCAACAGAUGGCAGUGGAUAUGUCAACAGAUAUCACUUUCAAGGGAGCAACGACGCAAAUGUGCCUUUUCUUUCUAAUUUUGUUUUUGACGUGGUACCAUACAUGCAUUGUUGUAUGUUCCCUUUCCAAGAUUUCAAACCUGACGAAAUGGACACAGCACGAAAGCAAUGUUCAUUAUUUUUCGACAGGAGACCACCGAAUUCAUGCAUGAAUUACAUUCCGCCAAGACCAGCAAGAGUAUCCGGUGAUCCCCACUUUGUAACAUUCGAUGGACAAACAUAUACAUUUAAUCCAGUUGGAGAAUUUACAGCACUUUCAAAUGGAAAUUUUUCCUUGCAGCUGCGAAUGGAACAGUUUAAUAAUACUCGAGCCAGUUCUGUAACUUCAUUUGUGGCGCAACCUUAUCCAACAGCUGAUGUUAUUGAGGUACAACCAAACACCAUUCGUGGAAUUGAUGUUUUAGUAAAUGGAGAAUUGGUUGAUUUUAAUUCUUCGGAAAGUAUGUCUGCUUCAGUCAUAUCUGCGGAGGGAUCAACCAUAGUCAAAACAUCGGACUAUCCACCGACGGUUAUAGCUACCUUCUACACAGAAGACAUCUCUAUUAAGGCAACCAGUGCAAUGAACCUUCUUAAUUUAGUAAUAAUGACAUCACCAGACCGACAAACAGGAAAUCUAACUGGUCUGUUUGGAGAUAACGACGGAGACAUAGGAAAUGAUUUGCAUUCCAAGGACAAUGAUUUGACACAAGGCAAUGCCUCAAUGGUCAAAAUUCAUAAUAACUUUGGAUUAUCAUGGAGAGCAGCAGAAAAUGAAUCAUUAUUCACCUACACAGGUGGCAGAACUUACGAGUCAUAUCAGAAUUUGAACUUCAUCCCUACAUUUGAAAUACCUGCUAGUAUUGAUCCCACAAUAACACAACUGUGUAAUUCAAAUCCAGACUGUAUAUAUGAUUACUACGUGACUGGAAAUCGUAGAUUUGGCCAAAUGUCGGCAAACGUAUCUGAUGAAUUUGCAAGAAUUUCCAGUUAUACUAUUCCAGUUGCUACAUGCGGAUUUCCAUCAAACGUAAGUGAUGCAGUUUGGGUAGCGGACGGAUACACAGAGGGAUCGUCAGCAAGAUUAUUAUGCAACCGAAACUUUUUCCAAGUCGACAUAGUGAUAACAUGCACGCCUUCUGGAAACUGGUCAGACUUCAAUGGUACUUGUAUGCCAUUACCAGAGUGUGGAAAACCUCAAAUGGUAGCAAAUGGAUAUUGGGUACCCGUCGAAGGAACUGAUGGACGAACGGCUACUCUUCAAUGCAAAGAUGGUUAUUAUGCCAAUUGAAAAAGUCCGAAUAAUCUGUUCAUUAAAUAGCACAUGGACAUAUGUUGAAGUACAAUGCAAUAUAGUGACACCUUCAUCUUCGUCAUCAAUGGUAUCCACAUUAGAAUACACAACCUCUAACCGAAAUACACUUACUGGUCAAACAACUUAUACAGAACCUCAAACAAUAACUACAGAACAAGCUACUACAAUUAAGGAUUCGACUGUAGAACAACCAGCCACAACAAUUAAAGAUUCGACUGUCGAACAAUCAUCCACAACAAUUAAGGUUUCCACUGAAGAACAAUCAUCUAUAUCUAAUGCUUCUAUUACAAUGGAUAACACAUCUCUCACAUCUGACGAUUUGGUUAUUUCUACAGCAAGUAAAGUAUCAACAAGCUAUCAACAUGGAGAGAUGGAUUCGACAAGAAGUGAAUUAACCUCAAUUCAUACAUCAACAAUGACACAAGACAAAAUUCAAUCGACAACUACAUUUAAUAAUAGAACAUCAACUACUCAAACAACUGAGUCGUCGACUACAUCAUCAGUUACGGACCGAAUAUCAAAACCUACAUCCGAUGCAUCAAGACCUCUUGCUUCAUAUAAGUACAACGCAUUGAAAAUUGUAACUUUAACAGCUUGUAUGAUUGUGAUGACCAAUGCUCUUAUUUAUUAUUAGUGUAAGGGAUUAACAAAUAUUAAAUUUGUGUAGGUGUAACUUCUUUUUUUUCCCUCUUAUAUACAUACUCUGUAAAACAAAUCUCCGACGGUAUUAGUGUUUAAUUGUAAUAUUAAUUUUGGUUAUCCUACAGAAAAGGAAUAAACCUUAUAAAAUUGUAAACGCAGAAACUUGAUAUAAUGGGGCAAUGUCCAUAAUAAUGCAAUGCAGUUGUUUAAUGCUGAAACAAUAAUUUUACGAUUUCGAAAGAGAUCAUUAUUGGAACACUUCAACACAUACAUUGAUUAAUUAACUAGUGCUUCAGUCGAGUUUGAGAGUUCUUAUGUUCAAUCAUCAGCGAAGUCAAACCAACAUUUUGUAAAUUGGUAGUUACAUCUUCACAAAAUAGACACGCGGCAUGUAUGAGAAAAAGCAAAGACUGACAGAAUCAGAGUCAGAAUAAUGUUUUUGGGUAGAUAAAUAUCUUCUCCGCGGAUUUUAAGCCAAAGCACUAUUACGUAAAAAAAUAUUUGGAAUCGACAUUCGUAUUUCAUUGUACAUUUACAGUAAAGUUAUCACAUGAAUUACUAUUUACAUAAUUAUCUUGUUUUGGAAUGAAUAAAAAAAAAAUUCUCUUGUUA